AUGGACUGCUCCUCUGAUGGAUUCAUAAAGAUCAACGUGGAUGCGACUUUUCAUCUUGGAAAAUCUGCUGCUGCAGUUGUUGCUAGGGAUCAUAAGGGAGACAUUGUGGCAGUGGCUUCUACUAUCCAGCGACAGUCAAAAACUCUUGCAGCUGAGGCCUCUGCAUUCCUUCUUGCUUUAAACGUUGCCCAGCAGAUGCAAUUUCACAACUGUAUUAUAGAAGGUGAUUCUCAGACAGUAGUGAAAGUGCUUAAUGGAGAGUUGCAUACUACUCCAUGGAGAAUCCUCAUAUUGUCAGAAGAACUGAAGAGUAUUUCUCACUCUUUCAACUCAGUAUCCUUCAAGUUUGUGAAGAGAAGAGCUAAUGCAGUAGCUCAUAAUCUCGCUAAAUAUGCUGCGAAGCAUAAUGUCCAAGCUAUAUGGAUACCUUCCCAAAUCCCCCGUUAUAUAGUUUCCUGCUUGUCUGAAGCCCCUACGGCUAGUUAG